ACUGAAACGACAGUCUAACGCAAAAACCCUUAUCAGCCGCUGGGGUUUUAGCUUCAACUCUCUCUCUCUCUCUCUCUCUCUCUCUCUGUUUCCUCUAAGAUCCUAGCUAACAGUGCAUAAUGGGUAAGGAGAAGGUUCACAUCAACAUUGUUGUUAUAGGACAUGUCGACUCUGGAAAGUCGACCACCACUGGUCACUUGAUCUACAAGCUUGGUGGUAUCGACAAGCGUGUGAUCGAAAGGUUUGAGAAGGAAGCUGCUGAGAUGAACAAGAGGUCAUUCAAGUAUGCUUGGGUGCUUGACAAGUUGAAAGCAGAACGUGAGCGUGGUAUUACCAUUGAUAUUGCCUUGUGGAAGUUUGAGACCACCAAAUACUAUUGCACUGUCAUUGAUGCUCCCGGACAUCGUGACUUUAUCAAAAACAUGAUCACUGGUACCUCUCAGGCUGACUGUGCUGUCCUUAUCAUUGACUCCACCACUGGAGGUUUCGAGGCUGGUAUUUCAAAGGAUGGGCAGACACGUGAACAUGCUUUGCUUGCCUUUACUCUUGGUGUGAAGCAAAUGAUUUGUUGUUGCAACAAGAUGGAUGCCACAACUCCCAAAUACUCAAAGGCAAGGUACGAUGAAAUCGUGAAGGAGGUUUCUUCAUACUUGAAGAAGGUUGGUUACAACCCUGAGAAGAUUCCAUUCGUCCCUAUCUCUGGUUUUGAGGGUGACAACAUGAUUGAGAGAUCGACCAACCUUGAUUGGUACAAGGGUCCAACUCUGCUCGAGGCUCUUGACCAGAUCAAUGAGCCCAAGCGACCCUCUGACAAGCCCCUUCGUCUCCCACUUCAGGAUGUCUACAAGAUUGGUGGUAUUGGAACUGUCCCAGUGGGUCGUGUUGAAACUGGUAUCCUCAAGCCAGGUAUGGUUGUUACUUUCGGUCCUUCGGGAUUAACCACUGAAGUUAAAUCCGUUGAAAUGCACCAUGAGGCUCUUUCCGAGGCUCUUCCUGGUGACAAUGUCGGUUUCAAUGUUAAGAAUGUUGCUGUCAAGGAUCUCAAGCGAGGAUUCGUUGCUUCUAACUCAAAGGAUGAUCCAGCAAAGGAGGCAGCCAACUUCACCUCCCAAGUCAUCAUCAUGAACCAUCCUGGCCAGAUUGGAAACGGAUAUGCUCCUGUCCUUGAUUGCCACACCUCCCACAUUGCUGUCAAGUUUUCAGAAAUCUUGACCAAAAUCGAUAGACGAUCCGGUAAGGAGCUUGAAAAGGAGCCCAAGUUCUUGAAGAACGGCGAUGCUGGAUUGAUUAAGAUGGUUCCCACCAAGCCCAUGGUUGUGGAAACCUUUUCCGAGUAUCCCCCACUCGGUCGUUUCGCUGUGAGAGACAUGAGGCAGACAGUUGCUGUCGGUGUCAUCAAGAAUGUGGAGAAGAAGGAUCCAACUGGAGCCAAGGUAACCAAGUCCGCUGCCAAGAAGAAGUGAACCGAACAAAUUUUGGGUGAUUCAAAAAACCUCUAUUGUAGUGACUACAAUAGAACUUUAGUUGUGUCCUUAAUCCGAACUAUAGUUACAUGUUUUGAUGGUUAUCGUUUUAAGUUGUCACCGUCUUCUGGAGGAUCUUCACAGAACUGGGUUCUUGAUAGACGGUGGUGAGGCUUAAAUGAUGUCUUUUAUGUGCUCUUAUUUUCCAUUAUAUCAUUCUCGAAACUUUUUAGCUCAUUUCCUGGAUUCUUCUUGAAUGGUUUAAUCAAUAUUUUAUAUCAUUUUAAAUUGUUUUUCA